GGAGGAGGGUGGGGGGAGCGGAGGGAGGUGUUUCUGUCAGUUCCGGCUGUUUGUUCGGGAAGUGGAUCCGCCGCUGCCGGAGCAGCCGGGAGGGAGCUGCGGAUCGCGAGGCCAGUGCCGACCCCGCCCGCCCGCUCGCCCGCGCCGCCCCCGCCCGCCAUGGCCCGGGACUACGACCACCUCUUCAAGCUGCUCAUCAUCGGCGACAGCGGUGUGGGCAAGAGCAGCUUGCUGUUACGAUUUGCAGACAACACCUUCUCAGGCAGCUACAUCACCACAAUCGGAGUGGAUUUCAAGAUUCGGACUGUGGAGAUCAAUGGGGAGAAGGUGAAGCUGCAGAUCUGGGACACAGCGGGGCAGGAGCGCUUCCGUACCAUCACCUCUACGUAUUAUCGGGGGACCCAUGGAGUCAUUGUGGUUUACGAUGUCACUAGUGCUGAGUCCUUUGUCAAUGUCAAGCGAUGGCUUCAUGAAAUCAACCAGAACUGUGACGAUGUGUGCCGAAUAUUAGUGGGCAAUAAGAAUGACGACCCUGAGCGGAAGGUGGUGGAGACAGAAGAUGCCUACAAAUUUGCUGGGCAGAUGGGGAUCCAGCUCUUUGAGACCAGUGCCAAGGAGAAUUUGAAUGUGGAAGAGAUGUUCAACUGUAUCACAGAGCUGGUUCUACGAGCAAAGAAAGACAACUUGGCGAAACAACAGCAGCAGCAACAGAACGAUGUGGUGAAGCUCACGAAAAACAGUAAACGAAAGAAACGCUGCUGCUAAUGUCCCAGCCACUGCAGAGACUGCAACUGCAUCCCUCCCAGCCCGAGGCUCUUGGAGGCUCCUCGGGGGACAGUCUCAGUUUAGUGCCGUUAUUUAAAGAAUUCUCUCCACGUUUUUUGUACUGGGAGGCGCCAUCGGCACUUCCUGCCCCUUUCCCCUUGAGUGCCAAGAAGGUGUUGGACGAGCCUGCCCUUCCCCACUGGUGCCGACUCCCUGCUGAGGCUCCUGGACCUGGUGAGGACGCUGCCAGCUGAGUGGACUGAUUAACCAGUUUGUACAUAGUGUAUAUUGCAUUAACCAGCUGCACACCCUCAGCCUGCUCUGGCUUUUGCCUCCUUCCUGCCAACCUGCUGCAACAGACCCUCCCAAGCCCUCCCAUCCCAUCUCGACGGCAGCUUCCUGAGGAGCCAGUCUCAUGUCCUAGCUGAGUCGUUGGCCAGCCUGGGCCCAUGGAGUGCACUCUGCAUGGGUCUUGCCCCACAGCUGAUCUGGGAGCUGGGGAACCUGGCGUCCACUCAGGCCCUGCCCUCGGCUGGCCCUAGGCCAUCAGUUCCACAGAGAAAGUCAGUUCUGCCCUUUUAGCCAACAGGUUUCUCAUUCUGCCUUCCAGAUGCCUCUGCUACAAACCCAGGGGAGCCGUGGCUUCUCACUUACCCAACAUGUUUCAGUACCAGCAGAAAGAUAGCCGGGGUACCUUUGUUCAGAGGUGGAGCUUGCAAGGGGAUCAUUAACAUAAAGCCAAAUGAAGCCAAAUCAAAUGAAUUAAGUUCCCCAGUUAUUUCCUCGAGACUUGAUUGGCUCAAUAGCAAAAGUUGUGACUGUUCCACUUUGGGUUCAGUAUUUUUAGAAAAGGUGUAUGGCUUCUGUUCAUUGUAGGUUAGGCUCUUUCCCUUUCGUGGGAAAAGGGGGCUUUGCACCCUUGUUCUGUAUAUGCAAGGGCCUCUCACUGGAGCUAGUUUCUGAGGUGGCACCUCUGGCACUUCAGGAGUUGCUGGACAAUGGGACGACACUUCCAGGCUAGGAUAGGCAGCUUUGCAUUAUUGAUAGACCUGUUUUAGUAUGAAGAUGGUAGGAAGAUUUCUUAGCCACUGGGAGGAAGUGGCAGUGGGGUGGGGACAGCUAGUAUUGACCUACCCACCCCAGUCCCCUGGAGUAAAAACCAGGGUAAUCUACAUUUGAUUACCUCCCUCCCUUUCCCCUAGAGGAUCAUGUAACUGGGAAGAACUGAUUGGACACCAUAAUGCGUUUUAUUAGAUUUUCUUUCCAAGGCAACUUCCAGGCACAGUCCUGACUGGACAAUCAUCACAGAUUACUGCAGAUUUUCCAUGGUAACACUGUGGAUGGGUUUUUAAUCAAUAAAACUGGGGCUUUCUUCUCACCUGUCUCUCCACUUGUCCAAACCGUCAAAGCUGGGGUUCUGUGCUACAGGCCUGUGUUUCUGAGCUUCAGGCUGCGUUGGGGCUGUGGGCCUAGGAAGGUAGGUGCUGUAGAGAACACUUCAGGGCCAAGCAGUACGUGGCUCCAUCUGAUCCAGGUGAGCUGGGAGUUGAGGCAGAUUGUUUUUAGGACUGUCUUGGCUGACGGAGGGGGGUGGGGUGGGCAGAAGGUGUCACACGCUUCUGAGCAUGUGGGAACCAGUGUGAAGGUGUUUGCCAAUUCAAGCAAUAAGAGGGUAAUCUUGGAGCAUCCGGCCCAAGUUAGGUGCCUCUGUGGCUUCUGGCCUGUUAAGGCCCAGGUGAUGGGUGAUUUUGGUGACAACAGUGUGCCUGUCCCACAGAGUGUUCCAUGCAUGAGUGGGGUGGGG